AUGAACGAGAAAGUCGAGGAAGAGGAGACACGCCACGUCCUCCCUCUUACACUACAAGUCCCUUCCGACUUGCAGCUACUUCCCGACUGUCGCUUAUCGCCUUGGUUUCCGGAGCCAUGCACGUUCGUACCCCAGUUCGCACAUUGGUCGACGACGAACAUCGACCUGCUUGACGAUCUGACGACCGACGCUUAUCCAGUCUACUUCUACCUUCACCAAUUAUCUCAUCAUUUCAUCACCUCUACAGCCCAGAUGGAUGACGACUGCUUUCCAGCAGACCUGAUACGUCAUCAAUCAUCUGGGCUUUCACGAAUCACGGUCAUCUCUCUGGGCUUUGACACGCUACUCCAGGCCGAUAUCCAUAUACUCGUGCUAGAUCUGGACUUCAACGAAUCGCACCCACUUCUUCUUUAUGCCCAGACAGACGAUGGCUCGAACCCGCGCGAAUCCACGCGGUUUUGGGGUAUCGGCUGUCUGGGCUGCGAUACGUUAUUCCAAGAUGACUCUCAUCGAUAUACAGGGCUAUGCAAACCGAUGCAGAUUUUUGGCGAUGUUCUAGUCGUAUGGGUGGUAUGCUACUCCAGAGCGGCUCUGAUCAAUGUAUGCAAAUCGUCAGGAGUACUCCAGGUUGCAUGGGAUCGAUAUCAAAUAGUACGAGAGCGCAUGAAGACGUGAAAAGAGCGACUGGAAAGGAAUAAAGCGUGGACAUGGACAAGUUGUUUGGGACUUAUGAACUGCUCUUCACGAAGAAGCUUGAAAGCAAUGAAAGGACGCAAGGACCAGAGAGGUAUACAGAAAACAUACAAGGAAGGAAUGAACCUAGUUCAAGGUCGUAGGUACAUGGAGAGUCAAUUGCUUGCCCGCAACGAUAAGAAUAUGACAAGUUCUUCCCGAGACCGGACUCAUGGAUGAUUCAGAUCUGGAUCUCGAGUCCGAUCAAUCUGGCGGCAAGCUUCUGCAGCACCUGAAACGCGUUCCUCAAAACAUGCACUGCAACUCGUCGCUUGCGUUGCGCAGCUGAUUGCGAGCGUCAGACGAUGAGGUUGAGCAUCUGGUCUGGCUCGAAUCAACAACGCCAGCCUUGAACUCAGCAUCUGGAAUGCCAGCAAAAUCGGCGAUCU